AUGGCGAAAAGACAUAGCCAUUAUGAAGGAAGCAGAAGCAGGCGUGCACGUGGUGGUAAUUCUAAGAGAGGUGGCAAGGGGAAUGGUAAAGGUCCAGUCGGCAGAAAACUAAACAAAAAGUCGGUAUCCACAAACAAUUGGCACAACUCAUCUGUCCCGUUAGGAGAAGGGAAUCUCGCUGAUGUAGGUAUUGAUUUUAACGUGGGGAGGGCUUUUAUAUCACCAAAAACCAUAGAAGAUUAUUAUUUUGGUCGUGAUGCCAAGAAUCGGUCUAUGAAAAUGGGUGGUUUAAGACCUGGAAAUCGGAAUGACUCCUCAAAUAAUCUGCAGGCUGGAGGAGCAGCUUUCCGUAAAAGACCCAUGGAAUUUGUAAAAGCCAAGGAGGUCUAUGACCCAUCUCAUGAUAUGAUUGAACGACUACGAGGAAAGAAUCGCCUCACCCACAACAAUGACAUUGAUAAGACGAAUGCGCAAGUUAAUGAAGAACCGGUAAAGGUGGUUGACGACACCCAAGAUGUCACCAAUGAGGAUGAUGAAAACGAAAUUGAUGAAAAUUCAAUUUCACAAUCGUCUUUCCCUUCAUUUUCUUCUAAUGAGGAUGAAAUUCGAGACACCGAUCUCUUUUUUGUAGAUGAGGAAGCUCAGCAAGAACUGGAUUUAAGUAAAAUAAAAAGGGUCCGUAUUGAGGAGGUUCGAAAGCCCAAGGAGGUUGCUAUAGAGUUCAAUCCUAUUCUUACAAUCGGAAAAGUCGAACUUAAUGUUGCAGAAGAUGAUGAAAACGAAGACGUUGGGGUUCAAAUCCCAAAUAGACGUAAUAAGUUGUAUCAUCCGUUUGCUGAUUAUAUUUCAGGUGUAAUGCAAGAUAUAGAAGACAGCGAUCCCAGCGAUGAUGCACUAGAUUAUGAGAUAGAAACUGAAAAUAGCAACGAUGCCCUGUACGAAAGUUUUGAAGAUAGUGAACUUGAAGAUAAAUCUGAUUUUGUUGGCCAAUAUCACUAUGCUCGAAAUGACGCUAAAUCUCUGCCAAGUCCUAGUCCGCACUUAACACAGGAUAUAGAAUCUUUGUCAAUCAACGGUACUAAAUUGCCCGAAAAUAAGAAUAACGAUUUGCCAUCUCCCGUUAGUGAUGAAGUUGAAUUUGGAUUCAAGGAAGAAGACUUCGUUAUUAAUACAAAUGAUAUAGUGAUCACUAAUAUAAGAAUGGGUGGAGCAGACAAUUCAUACUAUCUGCAGUGCUACAGGUUACUAGGGGAUUAUGACUUUCAUUGGAUUGAUCAGGACUUACUUGCAGAUUUCAUAACAGAUGAACUAGGUCUUCCUGAAGAUAGGUUACCUGCGUAUUUGAGUUUUGUUAAGAACUCUCUUGUACCAAAAGUUGAACCAGCUGAACCAACUUACUCCGAUGUUCCAAUUUCUGACUCCAGUGAUGAGGAAAGCAGCUAUGCAGACGAUGAAGUUAUAGAUUCUUCAUAUGUACAUAGUGAUAUGGAGGAGGGACUGGAUGAUCUCAUUGCGUACACACUGAAACAUGAUACAGAUAGAUUUAAAACCUUUGAAACUAAGUCCUUGGAAACUCAGGGCAAAGGUAAAAAGAAGAAAUUACUAAUAGACGAAUCAUUAGCACUGGAUACAGAAACAUUGGUUACAUUGCAGAGCAAAUUCAACAAACGUUUAGAGACUAAAGCAAGGAAGAGAAACGCCAAGGAGGACUUUAUUGAUCAAGAAAAUAAAAAUUCGAAUGACAUGUUCAAGAAAUACCCAUAUGGUUUCCAUAUUCAGAACAUAAGGGAUGAAUUUGAAUCUUUUUUUGCAAGAAAUAAGGACAGGCUUACUUUUCCUCCAUUAGAUCCCCAUGGCAACAAAACAGUGAUGAAAAUUGCCAAACAUUAUAAUCUGAAGAGUUCAAAAAUUGGGAAAGCCAACCACACUUCUGUAGUGGUGGAGAAAGUAAAGAAAACGAGAUGGUCUACUCCGAAUUAUAACCUCAUUGAUCAAUUGUUAAGACAGAGACCAGUAUUUAUGAGAAUCGAUGUAAAAAGACCAAGGGAAGAACAAGCUGUGUUUGAGAGAACUAAAACGAUUAGGGGGAAGUUCCAAGUCAAAGAAGGUGACAUCGUCGGACAAAACGCCCCAGAAAUUGGAAACGAGAAUAUUGGCAGAAUAAUGUUGGAAAAGCUUGGAUGGAGAAGCGGAGAAGGUCUCGGUACUCAAGGUAAUAAGGGUAUAAGCGAACCAAUUUUCGCCAAAAUCAAGAAGAACAGAUCGGGUUUAAGGCAUAGUGAGAGUUAA